AUGGGUGCGCGUCCUACAAUGCCCCCCAAAUACGACGUGUUGACUCAAGACGAACUGCGCAGAAAGCUGUACCAGACCUUCAAGGAGCGAGGGAUCCUGGACGCCCUCAAGACUCAACUGAGAAAGCAGCUCAUUCAAGAAUUGAUGCACCCUGUAUUGAGCGGAGAAAUGAGGCCCUCGUCCAUUUCAGUGGAAGGGAGUGCCCUUCUAAUAGGCGCUUCUAAUUCCUUAGUGGCAGAUCAUUUACAAAAAUGUGGCUAUGAGUAUUCACUUUCAGUCUUCUUCCCAGAAAGUGGCUUGGCAGAAGAAAAGGUAUUUACUAUGCAAGAUCUGUUACAACUCAUUAAAAUCAAGCCUGAAUCCAGUCUCUACAAAUCACUGGUCUCAGGAUUUGAUAAAGAAAACAAAAAAGGUUUUCUUGUGGAGUUUCUAAAACAAAUGGCACAAUCUCUUCAGGCUAAAGAUACUUGUGACGUGGAUACUCAGACAAGUCCGAUGUUGCCUAGCAAAGACACUCUUGCUGAGAAGCUUCAGGAUAUUGAUGAUCAGUUUGCAGGUGCUUACUCUCAGCAUCCAAAAUUAGACUCUUUAGAACAGAAGUUAAGUGAAUAUAAGAGAGAAAUAGAGCAACAGCUUCAGGCAGAAAUGCAUGAAAAGUUGCAGCAUUUCAAAAAUACUGAAAUAAUGAAAAUUAAAAUGGAAGAGAAAAGAAAGUCUGAACAGGAAAUAGCAAAGUUCUGGAGUGAGGUUGAGAGAACUUGUCAAGCAAAAUCUGAAGCCCUCCUUAAUCGGGAAAAGAUAUCCCUGGAGAGAAUUCAGAAACAUCAGGAGAUGGAGACAAAAGAAAUUUAUGCUCAAAGGCAGCUUCUACUAAAAGAUAUUGAUUUGCUAAGAGGCAGAGAAGCAGAGCUGAAUCAAAGAAUUGAAGCUUUUGACUUGGCCCAGAAGCUACAACAAGAAAAACACAAAACUGUGACUGAUGCACUUAAGAGACGGGAGCUGAAUAUAAUGAGUAUGGAAGAGACCUUUGACCAGAAGCUCAAGAAUGAAGUUCUAAAGUAUCAACUUGAGCUAAAGGAUGACUACAUUGCCAAAACUAACAAACUGGUUGAAGAAGACAGAAAGAAUAAAGAAAAAGCUAUACUUUUGCAAGAGCAGCUGUUGGCUCUUAAUUCAAAGAAGGAAGAACUCUAUCACUGUGCAACUCGUGUGAAAGAACUUGAGCUUGAGCUUGAGUCUCUCAAGUCCCAGUCCUUGGCAAUAACCAAGCAAAACCACCUGCUGAAUGAAAAGAUGAAAGAGAUGAGUGACUAUUCACGUCUAAAAGAAGAGAAAUUAGAGUGUCAGGCUCAAAAUAAAUUACUUAUGCAACAACUGGAAGAGAGCAGAAAUGAAAAAGUGCAUCUCUUAAACUGCAUAGCUCAGCCAUCUCCUGAGCUGGUAAAUUUGCAGAAACAGUUAAAGAAAGCAGAAGCUACUAUCCUGUUAGGGCAUAAGGAGUUUGAAAACCACAAGGAAGUUAUGCACAGACAGCUGCAAAGUGAAAUUGAGCAUUCUGCAAAACUGAAGGCCCAGAUAUUAGAUUAUGAUGCUUCUGUAAAGAGUUUAAAUAUGCAAGUGGCUGACUUAAAAUUGCAACUGAAACAAACUCAGACAGCCCUAGAGAAUGAAGUGUACCGCAAUCCAAAGACAUCUUUGUUUCCUUGUGCUGUCAGCGGAUUCAUGGGGCCUCCUAAGGAUGAAAGACACAGGACUAUCUUGAAAAAUCUUCUCGAACAGGAAAAGCUGAAGGCAGAUACAAUUGCGUCAAGAGUCUUAAGUUAUACACAUGCAAGCACGGAUGAUAGCUCCCCAGAUUCUGACAUUGAGUUUGUAGCGAGCACCAAGGCAAGAAUGAAAGAGCUAGAGCGUGAAGCUGAAAGCUUAGAAAAAGCUUUCCUAAAUUACCGUGGUAGAGUUGGUAGUGGUCAGUACUCUGCUGCUAGAAGCCCAGGAUCAUCCAAGAGUCUGCCACCUGUGCACUUGCAAGAAACUCUCAAGAACAUCAUUUCAGGUUCCUCAGAAAGAAGUAUUUUUGCAGAGGAAGCAGCUGUGCCCCCAAAUCCUGCAGGUAACAUGGCACAAGCGUUGGGCAAUGCAGUCUCAUGGCUCUGCAGAGGCCCCGACAGACGCCUUUCCUCCACUCCUCUUGCUAACCGAAGCCUAGAUAGUGAAAUGUAUCUGGAAGGUUUGUGCCAGUCCCAAGUUGCUUUUCCCAGUUCUUGUCCAGAAAGAAUGUUCCAGCCUACAUCAACUGAGUCUAGGCACAGCUAUUCCUUCUAUUCGUUCUCCAACCCUCAGGAGCAGAAAGUCGAUCUUUAUCAAAGACAAACUGAAGUUCAAGACAGAAAUGAAUCUUCAAAGGUGGAUGAACUAUCUUUUAAGGAUAAUGAGGAACUUGAAUUAUCUUUUGAAUAUGCAGCGGACAUGUCAAUGCAGUUUGAAGUGAGUGGCCUCCACCCAGCUGGUGACAUGUCUCCCUUGGGCGCGGCUGCAGCCGCUCUUCCUGACGGAUCUUUCUCCUCUCAUUAUUCAAGCGCAGAUGAGAAAGAAGUUGGAAAACAGAGUGAAGAAGAAAGAAUUUGGAACCUGCUGAAAGAAGAAAAGCAGAAAGAAGAAAAAAGGCAGAGUGAACAGAAAGCUUUGGAAAAGGAACGAAGAGAACUAGAAAAACUGGAUCAAGAAAGGCAGCUAAUUGGAGAGUCUUUGAUGACUGAAAUGGAGAAAGAAUCAGAAGAGAGUGUUGAAGAAGAAAUAAAAGACAAAUCUGCUUGUGGUGAAAACGCUUUAGAGAAAUAUAUGAAAAUCAUCCAAGAGGACCAAGACCUGAAGAAGGUGGAUAACAAGAGCUCAACAAAGAGUGUUGGAGAAAGCUCACCAGUGGACAUGCUGCCCUCUAGUGACAAAGAUGAAAGUUUCCCAGGCCUGUCUCACGAAGAACCAGAUGACUUUUGGUAA